GAAAAAAAGAAAGAAGGAAACGGGUCUAAUAAUUUCGCAAAGUUACUUUCAUGAUGACGAGGUUAAACCAAAUGUUGAUCUUGCUGGUAGUAUUCUUCGCAAAGGCGGAAAUGAGGAAGCUUGGAAAACAUAAUUUCACAAGUGAAUGGAUGGUUGCUGUGAAAGACUCGCUGCAUCCGCCUCUGGUCACGGAAAUGAAAGAUCUUUUGGUGUACGUGUCAUUUCCCUCUGACUUCUCAAUAAGACUGGAAACUUCGAAAAUCAUAAACAAACCGUGCCAAGUGCCGUCGCGAGUGAUGAGAGAACACGGAGGUAGAAACAUCACGCCGAUAUACGCGGAGACAUUGGGAAACGGCAAAGUCAUUGUGUCGCUGAUGGGAUCGAAGAAAAGAGGCAAUCACACGAAUAUCUGGCUGUACGUAAUCGACCCAGUGAACUGCACCUACGGCGUCGACAAAUUCAAACUUGAUCCACCGAGAACUUUGUCCAGAGAUGUCAUGACCAUCGUUCCUUACUACGACACUUUUGAUAUUUUUUUGAAAAGCGAUAUACACUGCGAGAUUGGUAGUAUAUGCACUCUGAGUUACGACGAUAAGCCAACGUUGAUCGAGUCGAGAAGAUCGGUCAUUCCGUACGAGGAUGAAGGAUGGGAUAUUACGUCUAUGAACGCUUUCGAUCCGAACGAGGGCUACUUUUACAUAGUAAUGAUGUCACAGACGAACACGACAGUACUAAAACGGCUGGACACGAAUUUCAGCAUUUUGCAAAAAGCCGAACUGAACCAGUCAGGUAGCGUAGCGUACUGGUACGACGAAGACGGCAGCGCAAGCCUGUGCUUUGGAGUGUCAGAUCAGGAAAUCGAAUGUCUAUUACUCGACUCAGACAUGAAGAUCAAGGCGGAAACGACGCUGUUCUACGACAUGUAUGUCUCGUACUAUUCGAUAUUCCGUCUGAGAAGUGGCGACGCCAUUGUUCUGACUAUCCUAAGUACUGAUCCCGAGUCGGCUUCGGAUUCCGCCACGUACGUGCAGUUGAUCGAUGUCAAAGCCAAAGCUACCGCCAGCCAACCCAUCAAGUUUCAGGAAUACAUUUGUGAAAACGUCUUCGAGAUGAAUACUUUCGAAUUGAAGGACAGAUUGGUUUGUGCCAGCACCGUUUGCAGGAGUGUCGUCAAUACUAAAUGCAUCGCGCCGGAGGACGAGCGAGAAUUCUAG